CCAACGCCAGAUGCUGCUGGCUACAUUUUCAUGGCUGGAUCCCGUAGGAGUCCGGACUUGAGAGACCAGUGGAGUGGUGACCCGGAUCGCGACCCCCGUGCCCGAGACAAUCGCAGAGGUCGAGGGUCUCAUCGAGACCGCGGCAGAAACCGCCAUCGUGAUCGAGGACGUCCACCACGCCCUAACGGCCGGCGUCCUGACUAUCCUGCUCGAUCGCCACCGGCAACUGGACGCGUAUCUCGCUUCGGUCCCGAUUCAUCAACCGCACCAGGUGACCAAGGCUUUGUUCAAUCUCCACCGCGUGGCUCACCUGGUAUUUCUCCGGGAUUCAAUGAUAAUCGACGAUCGGAUCAGAAUGGACCUUCGUCACCAAACAACUGGAACUCCCACCGGUCUGGCCCGCUAGACAGAGAUGGCCCUGGCUUUCGGCGAGAAGAAUCUCCAUCUGGACCUCCAUCAAAACGACAAAGAACAAGAAGUCCCUCACCUCGUGGGCCACGUGGCCAAUUUUCUCAACGGCGCUCUUCAUUUGCUAAGCAUGGAGACCGACGUGACCGUAGUCCUGGAUACAAGAACAGAGGGGGUCGUUUCCAAGGACGUGGUGGUCCCCAACGAAGAUCUCCACGCCGCGGUCGUGAUAAUCGCCGAGGAAAAGACCGCCGCCGUUCCGAUAUUCCCAGGCUAGAGCGAUCAAGGUCGCCUGUUCGAGGCCGAGGAUACCAACAAUCUCCUGAUCGACGCUCUCCGAUGCCGGGCGGCGAAGGCUAUAACAGUGACAGAGAUUUACGUUACAGAUCUCGCUCAAUAUCCCGUCAUUCAGUACGUUCCUUUGCAUCAAGGGCAUCCUCAUACUCUUCUCGUGCCCGAGGUGACGAGGCAAUGGGCGCAGCUCGACAAAUGCAGUCCAUUGUGGGCGCCUCAGGUCCGUCUCUAUCGCCUCGUCCGGCUCAGAGCUUUGAUGGCAACCAGAAUGGUCGAUCAGGCGAUGGACUGCGGGAUGCCUUUCCGAUUCAUGGGUCGCGACAAUCGGAUAUGCAAACUAAGCAACCUCGUCCCUCCUCUCGGUCCCAUAUCGACAACCAACCCUAUUCAAGAUCACCACAGUUUACGCCGACCAGUCCUCGUCAUGGAUCGCCACAACCUACUUCUCCCUAUCAAAAUGAUAAUUCCUAUCAUCAAAAUAUUCCUACGGGACCGCACAGCCAAAUGCAACACUCCUUCGAUGGCCCAGCCAAUAAUCAUCCUCAAUCCUCUUACGGUGGACCAUCAUACCGUGGUGGUCACUCUAACUACCGUGGAAACCACACAAACCACGGUCCAGGUCCCCGAUAUUCUAACUCUGGCCAUCAUCAAUAUAACAAUGGCCCAGCACAACGCGGUGGAAGAGGCCACUUCAACAACUUUCAGUGGACUUCCCGUGGUCGAGGUGGACAUCAAAGCCCUCGGCCCCUGCAUACGCAUGAAUCCCGAACUCACCCAACUCACCCACAAUCUGUGAUUGACCCUCAAUCCCCGCCAGCCUUUGACAAUGCGAAUGAUCGCGCGCCAUCUCUGUCGGAGAGCGGCGAUGCUCAAGAUGAUCUUCGGAACAUGCCAGCUCCAAACCGCGAACCCGGGGCUGCCACCCCUGCUGAUAAAGGCGGAAGAUUUAGCUUUGCCUUGAAGGCGAAGACAACCCCCGCACCUGCUCCAAAGCCAAAGCCAGACCUGGCGCAACGAAUGCAACCGCGAGAGCCUCCAGUCAGAGCCCCUCCACCCGAGGCGCCGUCUCCUCGAAAUCGUCUAACCAAUGGACCUCUCCCCACAUACAAACCGGAGCCACGAUUUGAUCGACGUGAACGAGACCGUGGUGGACGGGAUCGUGGUGAUCGCAGAAACCCUCGGGAUUCGCGAGAUUUCCAUGGUCCCCGAGACGGCCCCCGAGACCGACGAGAUGACCGACGAUUUGACCAGCGUCGAGAUCGGCGGCGAGGAGGAGACCGGCGUCCAGACUUCCGACAAGAGCGUCGAGACUUUUCUCUGGAGCCACCACGGGAGUCAUCCCCAGCGCCGCCGCCCAAGCAAAAGAAGAUUAUGACUCGAUUCAAAGCUCGACCCACUCUUCCAGCGCAGUACGAAUCGGUUGACUCUGUAUAUUAUCGAAAGCCGGGCAAUGAAUCAGUGAUUGGUGCGGGCACAUACGGUAAAGUCUUCAAGGGUGUCCAUGUCUUCACCAAGCGCGAAGUCGCAUUGAAGAAAAUCCGCAUGGAAGGCGAGAAAGAUGGAUUCCCUGUGACGGCUGUACGGGAAAUCAAGCUUUUGCAGCACCUUCGCAGCCACAAUGUCGUCAGUCUACUGGAGGUUAUGGUUGAACGAAACGAAUGUUUCAUGGUCUUUGAAUAUCUGUCGCAUGAUUUGACUGGGCUUAUCAACCACCCAAGUUUCUCCCUCACCCUUGCACACAAGAAGGAUCUAGCGAAACAAAUGUUUGAAGGUCUGAAUUUUCUUCAUCAUCGUGGAGUUCUUCACCGAGAUAUCAAGGCUGCCAACAUUCUCAUCAGCAAUCGAGGAUUGUUGAAGUUUGCCGAUUUUGGACUGGCACGUUUCUUUUCGAAGAGUCGCCAACUGGACUACACUAAUCGUGUGAUCACCAUCUGGUACCGGCCACCUGAGCUUCUCCUGGGUGAGACCCGGUACGGACCCGCUGUUGAUGUGUGGAGUGCUGCUUGUGUUUGCAUGGAAAUGUUUACCAAGAAAGCAGUCUUCCCUGGAGACGGUGGUGAGAUCAACCAGUUGGAAAAGCUCUAUGACGCUUUGGGUACGCCAAACCGGACCGAAUGGGCGGAUUUUGUAGAAAUGCCGUGGUUUCAAUUGAUGCGUCCUCGUGAGCGGAAAAAGAGAGUGUUUGAAGAUAUUUAUCGUGAGGUUUUGACCCCCGCUGCCUUGGACAUGAUCUCGUCGAUCUUCCAGUACGAUUAUACCAAGCGACCUAGCGCUGAGCAAGUGUUACAACACCCCUACUUCCUGACCGAAGAACCCGUUCCCAAACAGGCUACCGAGCUUGAGUUCAUGGAAGGUGACUGGCAUGAAUUUGAAUCCAAGGCACUUCGAAAAGAAGCUCGUCGGAUUGAAGCGCAGAACCAAAAAGACCGGGAGAAGCGAAAAGCGGAAGCUUCUAGUGAUCGCGACCCUAAGCGCGCGCGACCUGUUUAA